GUUGCAGGGUUUUGUUUAUAUAACUCAAGUUGUUUGGCUAAAUUCUUCAGCAUUGAAAGCAAGCAUGAAGUUACCAUCCUGGGAGGACUUAAUGAAUUUGUAGUCAAGUUUUAUGGACCACAAGGAAGUAAGUACAUGUGUUGCACCAUAUGAAGGCGGAGUAUGGAAAGUGAGAGUGGAUCUUCCUGAUAAAUACCCUUUCAAGUCUCCAUCUAUAGGAUUCAUGAAUAAAAUUUUCCAUCCCAACAUUGAUGAAGCGUCAGGAACUGUGUGUCUAGAUGUAAUUAAUCAAACUUGGACAGCUCUCUAUGAUCUCACCAACAUCUUCGAGUCCUUCCUGCCCCAGCUGCUGGCCUACCCUAACCCCAUCGACCCUCUCAACGGCGACGCUGCGGCCAUGUACCUCCACCGACCGGAAGAGUACAAACAGAAAAUUAAAGAGUACAUCCAGAAGUACGCCACGGAGGAGGCACUGAAGGAGCAGGAGGAGGGCACCGGGGACAGCUCGUCGGAGAGCUCCAUGUCCGACUUCUCGGAAGAUGAGGCCCAGGACAUGGAGUUGUAGUGGACACAGCUCCUGCUUUCAGAAAGACUCUUACUUCCUAACCAUGAGAAGCAGACUAUAAUAUUCAUAUUUAAACAAAGCAAUUUUUUUUAUUACUAAACAAGGUUUUUAUGGAUAAUAGCAUUGAGAUAUAUAUAUGAUAUAUCACCCUUAGAUCUCGAUUCUCGGUCAUUUCCCAGCCUGAGGUGCACAGCACCGUCCACAUUCCGUUGGUAGCAACAGGCGGGCCGAAUGCGCGCGUCCAGGGGUCCGUAGCCCGGUCAGCUCCCGAGCCGCCAAGAAACGGCCGCUCCGGCAGGGAGACGUAAGAACAAGAGGAAAAGGCUGCUGCUUGUAUUGAUGGUCCCAAAGAAACGAACCAGGCCGGCCAGCUCCUGGAUGUGAAGGCAGAAUAGUGCUUUUUCAAAAUGGAGGGAGAAAAUCGGGGAGCAGAGGCCUGGCAGGGCGUGUUAGAGGCAGCCACACCAGAACCGGCGCUCCUUCCUGUGUGGCCUAGGUGGCCCCGUUUCUGUGGAGUGACAGUGUAAGACAGGGAGCUGACUGGAGCGUGGCCACCUAAAGCGAUUCUUAGACGGGAUUCUGGGUUCGUUUUCAUAUGCCUCUUCCUGCCCGUCACACUCCCCAGCCUCAGCUCAGAGUUCUGUGGAGAGCCCUGGGGAAGUGUUUUCUAGCCUGAUUGUUGUUCUUGGGGUGCAGCUUGUAAUCCAGACCUGUUUUUGUGAGGCCAGGGUGGGGAGAAGUGACCGGGAGAUGCUUCCUCUCAUCCCAGACGCGCAAAGCCCCAUCCCUAUGCCAGUGCUGGCCAGGUUGAGACCGCCACCCUGGACUAAGAGCUUUAACAUGAGGGCUGUGUUGUGGGGGGAUUUUUGGGGGGUGUGUGUGUGAAUUGUGCUUAGACAGGUUGCAGAUUUUGUCGCCUGCCAAGAGGCAACCUCCUCCUGGCGGGCAGCUCACGCCUUAGAGCCUGAGAGGAGGCUGCCUGCAGGACUGGCGUUUUGUACGGCUUUGUUUUCUGGUUUUCGGCUGCUCUUGGCAGCAGCCUGGUCAUCAUCUGCUUGCGGGAGUGGGAAAAGGGUAUUUUAGACCCAGUGUGUUCUAAAUUUGAAAUGAAUAAUAAGUGGAACAAAUAAAGGUUCUUGUACCCAAAGUGACUCUGUGGGAAAAACAAACACAGCUUUUUUCAGAGUGACUGAACAGGACGGAGGGAUUCAGAAAUACCAUGUAGGGGGACAGGUCCUGAAGGAAGGCAUUGCCUCUCCUGAGGACGCUGAGAGGAAUCGGACAGGUGACAGUGCCUUCCAAGCACACGUCCGCUCAGCUGACCAGAUGUCAGGGUGUCGCCUGCUGUGUGGGGAGGGUCUGGGGAAGUUUUAGAUACGGCUCUGUGUGGGUGGUUUUUCUUUUUCUUUUUCUUUUUCUUUUUUUUUUUUGUCAUAACCAAUAGGAUGAUAGCAUAAUUAGCCAAUCCUAAAACCUCCUAAAGACAAUUUUUGAACAUCCCCCGGGAUAAUUUUUCUUUCUGAUGUGUGUUUUUAGUUUAGAAGUGCUAUAGUCCACAAGGUUUAAGUAAGUGAGGUUGGAUCAUACCCUAUCUUUUUUUAUUCAAAAAGCACAAUCAAUCUUUCCUUUGAAAAUCUAUAUAAAGUACAACUUGCUUUUAGCAUGAUUAUUUUUCCUAAAUAAAAUGACAAAGAUUUACUUAUUUUAUGUUAAUUACGGGCAUGAAGCAAAAGGUUUUCUUUUAAAAAAUAAAAAAGUGCAGUUACGUAGGGCUGUGGUUAGUUAAGCGUUCUGAGUUCUCUCUCUAGCAUCCGUGGCUCGUCGGGAGGGUAGGAUUAACUUAACAUGUACUGGUGUCCUUUCACUCUUACCUAGCACGCGGCUUCUCAUUGCUUGGGGGCGGGGUCGCUGGCACUGUCUAACCCGCUUCCUGCUGACUUGCAGUUCGCUUGUGCUGUAACGUUUAUUGUAGGUGCUAUGUAGGGUAGGCUUCAAGUGCUGGGUGGUGAUUUGAGUUCAAACAAUAAAAAAUUGUAUUUUUUCAAUAUUGUA